CAGAAUCAGUUUCGUUUUCACAAACGGUAAAGAAAAAAAAACUCUCGGUAUUGUGUACGUGAGAAUGUGUUCUGUUUACAUGAUUUAUUUUGAAAUUAUUGGAAAGUUAUUGUGAAUUUAUCUUUUUUUGGCGUUUGUGCGGGUUUAAUUCGAACAUUAUUCAUGCCGGGAAUGGGCUCUAGAAGGGCGGGGCGGCGCCGGCGUGCUGACGCCAGCUGACGGGAGGAUGCCGACGACGCUGAUGUGGCGGCGGGUGUGCGGCGCGCUGCUGCGCGGGGAGCUGCAGCUCGCCCGCUCCAAGGACGACGCCCGGCGGCGGCAGCGGCGGCGGUGCGGGGAGGACGCCGACUGCUCGCUGCGGCGCUCCGGACUGCGGAGAUGGUUCCAUCCGAACAUUAAUGGCAUCGAGGCAGAGCGCCUGUUGCUGGAGAGAGGAUUUGAUGGCAGUUUCCUAGCUAGGCCUAGCUGCAGUAACCCCGGGGACUUUACUCUAUCUGUAAGGCGUAAUGGGGAAGUCACCCACAUCAAGAUCCAGAACACAGGGGACUUCUACGACCUGUACGGCGGGGAGAAGUUCGCCACGCUGUCUGAGCUGGUGCAGUUCUACAUGGAAAACCAAGGGCAGCUCAAGGAGAAGAACGGAGAAGUGAUUGAGCUGCGGUACCCACUGAACUGCGCUGACCCCACAACUGAGAGGUGGUUCCACGGUCACCUGUCCGGGAAGGAAGCGGAGAAACUGAUCCUGGAGAAGGGGAAGAACGGCAGCUUCCUGGUGCGAGAGUCCCAGAGCAAGCCAGGUGACUACGUGCUCUCCGUCAGGACGGACGAUCGAGUCACGCACGUCAUGAUUCGCUGCCAGGAUAAUUCUUACGAUGUUGGCGGUGGUGAGAAGUUUGAUAGCCUGAGUGAGCUGAUCGAGCAUUACAAGAAAAACCCGAUGGUGGAGACAAGCGGCACUGUUGUCCAUUUGAAGCAACCGUUCAAUGCCACCCGCAUCAAUGCCAGUGGCAUCGACAGUCGAGUGAAAGAGUUGCAGUUGCGUGUACUGACGGUCCCCUUGCGUUCCCAGAAGGAGAACGGUUUGUCGACGGGCAAGGCCGGCUUUUGGGAGGAGUUUGAGUCGCUUCAGCAGCAGGAGUGCAAGCACUUGUUCUCACGCAAGGAGGGCCAGAAGACCGAAUGCAGGAACAAGAACAGAUACAAGAACAUCUUGCCAUUUGAUCACACUAGAGUGAAGCUGAAAGAUGCAGAUCCCUCUGUUCCCGGGUCUGAAUACAUCAAUGCUAACUACAUUAAGCCGGAGGAAGACCCUCUGAUGGACGGCUACGCCAAGUUCUACAUAGCCACGCAAGGCUGUCUGCCAAGCACCGUCCCCGACUUCUGGGACAUGGUGUGGCAGGAGAACACCCGGGUCAUCGUCAUGACCACCAAGGAGAUCGAGAGGGGGAAGAACAAGUGCACGCGUUACUGGCCGGAAGAGGGCCAGAGCAAGGAGUACGGCAAGACGAGUGUGCGGAACCUGUCGGAGGCCUCCACCUCCGACUACACCCUGCGAGAGUUCAUCGUCGUGCGGGAAGGCUGCGAGGAGGAGCGCAAGGUCUACCACUAUCACUUCCAGGCCUGGCCGGACCACGGCGUGCCCUCGGACCCCGGGUGCGUCCUCAACUUCCUGCACGACGUGAACGCCCGGCAGGAGUCCAUCCCGGGCGCCGGCCCCGUCCUGGUGCACUGCAGCGCGGGCAUCGGCCGCACGGGCACCUUCAUCGUUGUCGACAUGAUCCUGGACCAGAUCAAGAGGCAAGGCUUGGAUUGUGAGAUCGACAUCCAGCGCACCACCCAGAUGGUUCGCUCGCAGCGCUCCGGUAUGGUGCAGACGGAAGCGCAGUACAAGUUCGUUUAUUUAGCCGUCCAGCAUUACAUCGAGACUGUCUCGCAAAGGCUACAGGCGGAGCAGAAAAGCCUCCAGCUGGGCCGAGAGUACACUAACAUCAGGUACUCGAGCGAGGUGACGGGCAGCGCCGGACCCGACCCCGCGAGGGGCCUCACGCUGACGCUGUCUCGCUCCACGACCUCGCUCCCCACCACCCCCAGCUCCGCCAACUCCCGGGACAACAAGCGGGGGCCGUCCCGGGCCUCCUCCGACGCCCACUUGCCCAGGCCUCCGGACGACCUCCCCAAGCAGAUAUACGAGAACAUUCCGCUGAAGGAGCGCAAGCUGUCGACCAACAACUACAACAUGGGCCCCCCGCCCUGCUUCGCCCCUCCCCCGCCGCCGCCGCCCAGAAAGACGUGACACCUCUCGUGCUCGUGAGCGCCCCGCGGGGAGCCCUGCGCCUCGCAGCCGAGUGUCGCGACCGCUGCCGGCCGAUUGGUCGCCGGGUCAUCACACUGUUUCGAGUACCUGCAGGCGGGACGCGAGGAAGCUGUCGGGGGUCGCUCGAGCACUUUGUUUCCGCUUUUUCGCGCUUGGUGCUCGACUUUCGAUUUUCGACCUUGGGUAAUGAAGCGUUCUUCGAUGACGUCGAAGUACGCACUGCCGACGACGGUCUAGUGCAGCCUACAGUGCCGAAUCAAGGAACAGAACAGCUAUGAAAUUGAACAUUGUUUGAUUUGAAAGUUUUAAACAAGUAUAAUUUAUGAGCUUUAGAUGUGUAUGGCUUAAUUGCAUGCCACGAACUGUUUAUCAACUGAAAAAUGUAUCAGGUAUCUAAAAUCUGACAAUAUUUAUAGUGUAUGUACUUGAAAUUUUUCACAGAUUGUUCUUGUUGUCCACUUUGUCACGUUUCAUAUUUAAUAUUAUGCUCGAAUCAUGGAUUUGAAUUGCAUAUAUUUUAGAAAGAUUUGUAUUGUGAAUAGUUUAAUUGAGCAUGUAAUUUUUCUUCUUUAUAUUUUAUAAAGCUAGUCAUAAAUAAUCAUGUGACUUCUCACGAAAUUCCUUGCAAAAUUUUUUUUUACUGUUGCUAGAGUUUCAUUGGUUUAAAUUUUUGAUUAUUUGGAUAGUUUCACAUGCCUGUUUUUAUGGUAUGGGUUGUGAUCCUGUUGCUGCCCACAAAUAUGGCAGACUGCCCUAGCCAUUAUUUCAAGGACAGUGUAGUUAUAGUACUCUGUCUGUUUUAAAGUGGCAGCUUGUAUCGCUCUGCCUGUUUGUGUGCUAUGAAGUAAAUGACCAUCAACAUCACCUCUGAAAUUAUCAAGUAAAUUACUAUAGAAGCAAUGUUAAAAGAAUCACAAUAGUAAAGAAUUGCAAGUUUAAAAAAAUGCAUAUGUUUGUUGAAAGUUAUUCAUCAACAGUGGAAAUUGAAACAAGCAUAAGCCUGCCUUUACCUGAAAAGUAAGUCGUCUACUUAGUAAUUGUGUGUUUUCAGACGACAAGUGCAUACAUUGAAAACUCCCAAAAAUAAAAACAUUGAGAAAUUUAAAGCUUUAACAAUUUAUCCUUAUGAGUUGAGUUGUAGUAGACAUCUGUCAUCAGAUUUUGGUCCAAAGACUUUAUUGUUUCUCCUGGUAAUUCUAACUUGCAGCAUGUGUGCUAGCCAUCUUAUCCUACAUAACUAAAUUUAAGUCAGUCUGAGAAAACAUAUUAAAGCAGUAAAAUACACUUUGGAUUAUUACAAUAUAAAAGUGCUGUUCAUUGAUUCAGUGGCUAUAAAGUUAAAAUUUAACAUAAUUUAAUGAUGAUAUGUAACUAAGUGAAAUUUUCUCUUUCGUUCAUGAAGAAGGCGAUAUUUUAAUUAUUGGGUACAAUGUGCCAUAGUUAGAGGCAAGAUUAUAUGGUGAAUAGUGAUAAAACCACAAUAAGAGUGUAAUUGAAGUUAAUAUACUGCUAAAUAAUACAUUGCAUAGCACCGAAAUGCAAGAAAAAACAAACAAAA